AUGAAGAAAGAUUGGACUAUUGUGCAUGACAUGAUUAAUGGUUCAUAUACUAGUGGCUUUGGAUACGAUAGUGUGAAACAUUGUGUCGUUGCGGAAGACCAAGUUUGGGAGUCGUAUCUUCAGGUCCAUAAAGGGGCAGGAAAAUGGAAGAACAAACCAUUUCCUUUUUAUGAGGAUCUUUGUGUUGUAUUCGGAAAAGAUUGUGCCACAGGUUAUAGAGCAAGAUAUUUUGUUGAGGCGGAACAGGAGGCACGUACAGAAGAGCAAACACAAAAUCUGAAUGACGAGUCCGAUGACGUAAUUGCAACUAGCAAUGUUCAAGGUGGGAAUGCAAAUAUGCAAUCUGAAGAAACUUCAAGUACGCGUCGUAAGAAGAGAAAACGUCAAGUAGAUCCCAUGUCUGACGGAUUUAGUAAUGCGGUUACUAAACUUGGAGAAACUUUGGAGAAAAUAGCGAACAAACUUAGCAGGGGUGUAGAACGAGAAGACGAAAUUGAUAAGAAACGUUCGAUGAUCACUCAUGAGAUAUUAAAAAUGCAGACGUUGCCCCAACGGGAUAAGUAUAAAGCAAUUUCAUUGAUAAGAGACGAUCCUGAAAAGGUGAACACGUUUUGGGAUUUCCAAGAAGCGGAUAGGGCAUGUUAUGUCGAUUGGGUUUUAAAUGGAUGA